UCAUUCAGUACUUAAAACAAGGAAGCGUUUUCACAUAACUGCAGACAAAGUAUUAUGAUUAGGGAGUAACGAUGAAUUGAUUUCUUACCAUUCAACCAGAUCGAUCUGUCUUCGGCGAUUUGCUUAUUCAAUCACUUUAUAUCUUUAAAAAAAUGCUUCAAAAUAAAAUAAAUCUACACCCCUAGAAAUAUUUCUGCAGUCAAUUCAGGUAAAAACUGAAAAACAGACAUUUCUUGACUACAAAAAGAAAAUUCGUGGAGCAUGAUCACAUGACUUUUGUGUAUUUUAACUUGAAUCUCUGAAGUGUAUUGCAAUAUGUGUAUAAAUAGUGGUUUGUAUAUAAUCUACUUUAUGCUUCAGUUAAAAUUCAGAGUUUGAUUGAAGAUCUCCUCGUUUGAUGCCAGAUUCAAACAUCCUUGCUGACAUGUGAAGAUUGCGCAACCGCAGCCUCCCCAUCAGGACCUCAGAGAGGGGGGGGAGUCCCCUCCACAGAAACACACAAGGGACGUGGAUGAAGCUGUGGAGAACUUCCACACUAACAUCUGUGGCGCGUGACCCUCUGCGCAGCCGCAUCCUCUCCAAUCCGUGAGAGGAAACCAAAGUGAGGAGCAGAAGCGAAAGGAGGGAGUCUCCACCUCCCCUCCCUCCACCUCGGAAUGGUCUAUCCCACAUGGCGCCCUGCCCCCAUGUGUAUGUUGUCUUAAAGUUCUCCAGUCUGGACCGAGGAGGUCUGACUCCGCGUAAAGACGCAGCUCCUCAUGGAGAUGAACGGCCCCGUGGACGGGAGCGGCGAGCGCGCUCCCGAUGAAGGCGCCUUCCUCUUCACCUCCGAGUCCGUGGGAGAGGGACACCCCGAUAAGAUCUGCGACCAGAUCAGCGAUGCUGUGCUGGACGCUCACCUGAGCCAAGACCCGGACGCCAAAGUGGCCUGUGUUAAACAGAAGGAGGAUGUUUGGGGUCUGGUUGAACAAUCCCCGUUAGAGGCUGCAGAGACUGUUUGUAAAACGGGUAUGGUGCUCCUGUGUGGGGAGAUCACGUCACGAGCAUGUGUGGACUACCAGAAGGUGGUGAGAGACGUCAUCAAACACAUCGGUUAUGACAGCUCCAGCAAAGGCUUGGACUAUAAGACGUGUAACGUGCUGGUGGCGCUGGAGGAGCAGUCUCCGGACAUCGCACAGGGAGUUCAUGUCGACCGCAUGGAGAGCGAGAUCGGAGCGGGAGAUCAGGGUCUGAUGUUCGGCUACGCCUCUGAUGAGACGGAGGAGUGCAUGCCUCUGACCAUCGUCCUCGCCCACAAGCUGAACGCCAAGAUGGCCGAGCUGAGACGAAACGGGACCGUUCCCUGGCUCCGCCCCGAUUCCAAAACACAGGUGACGGUCCACUACAGCCAGGAGAGCGGCGCCGUGAUCCCCGAGAGGAUCCACACCGUGGUGAUCUCGGUGCAGCACGACGACCACGUCAGCCUGGAGGAGCAGAGGAGGGUUCUGAUGGAGAAGGUCAUCAGAGCGGUGAUUCCUGCCAAAUACCUGGACCAGAACACCGUGUACCACCUGCAGCCCAGCGGGCGCUUCGUGAUCGGGGGGCCGCAGGGGGAUGCGGGAGUGACGGGCAGGAAAAUCAUCGUCGACACUUACGGGGGUUGGGGGGCCCACGGAGGAGGGGCCUUUUCGGGGAAAGACUACACGAAGGUGGACCGCUCGGCCGCCUACGCCGCCCGCUGGGUGGCGAAGUCUCUGGUGAACGCCAGGCUGUGCAGGCGGGUUCUGGUGCAGGUUGCGUAUGCGAUCGGAGUGGCUCACCCUCUCUCCAUCUCCCUGUUCACCUUCGGCUCCUCUCAGAGGAGCGAGAAGGAGCUGCUGCAGAUCGUUCACAGGAACUUUGACCUCAGACCCGGGGUCAUCGUCAGAGACCUGGACCUGAAGAGACCCAUUUACCAGAAGACGGCUUGUUACGGACACUUUGGCAGGAAGGAGUUUCCCUGGGAGGUCCCAAAGAACCUGGAGUUUUAACGUGGGUUAAAUCACAGAUACCAGCACAGCUGUGAGGUGCUGCCGCACGGGAUUAUGGGGGAGAGGAUGCAGGGCAGGGUGGAUAGUCUGAAAGCUGAGCUCUCAAAUGAACUUUUGUGAGCCAAACUUCUGCUCCAGCGGGCCAAACCACUGUUUCAUAGUGACGACGAGGCUCCCCCUGCUGGCCAGAAAGGCCCUCUGCUGCUUUGAUUUCAAGUCAAAAAGCACCAAAAUUAAACCGUUAUUUCAAUUCCCCUCACAUUUAAGGUAGGAAAUAUUGAUUUUCAUUAACGUUUUUAAGGAAUAAAUCUUAUUUUAGCCAA